ACAACACAACAACAAAACCAAACCUUGCUUGUGUUGUGUCGCCACUUGAAAUUUUGCGACAACUACCAACAACAACUCACUUUCCCUCUUCAAAAUUCUCGUCUCUUUCGAAUCAAUACCUUUUCUUCUCUUCUGUUACUCCGUCUUCUACUCUUCUCAUCUCGUUUUUCUCGCCACAACCACAUUAUAUAUAAACGAGAUAAUGGCAGCUGAAGUAUGUCACCAUGCUAAUGCUAUUGGGGCUUUGCAGUCUCAUUCUUAUCUUAGUAAUUUGAAUCAGCAUCAAAAUCUCAGGAGCAAUUCACUAAGAUUGGUGACAAAGGAUUUUAGCUGUAGUAAUGGCUUGUCGAUGGGAAGAAGUAGUCACUUUGGCCAGAGGAAUUGUAUUGUUACUCGAUCUUCAGCUACUCAUUCUCAGACGUCGGUUGUUGAUCCGGUGUUGUCCCCUUCAAGAAGCAACACCAGUGAUGCUACCAAGAAAUCAAAUGAAGCAGCUUUGAUCCUUAUUCGACAUGGUGAGUCGUUGUGGAAUGAGAAGAAUUUGUUCACAGGCUGUGUUGAUGUACCACUUAGCAGUAAGGGUAUAGAUGAGGCAAUUGAAGCCGGAAAAAGAAUUAGUAGCAUUCCAGUUGAUCUAAUAUUUACAUCUGCUUUGAUUCGUGCACAAAUGACUGCCAUGCUUGCCAUGACCCAGCACCGCCGUAAGAAGGUGCCUAUCGUUAUGCACAACGAGAGUGAACAAGCAAAGGCAUGGAGUCAAGUUUUUAGCGAAGAUACAAAAAAGCAGUCCAUUCCAGUCAUAGCAGCUUGGCAACUAAAUGAAAGAAUGUAUGGAGAACUACAGGGUCUCAAUAAACAAGAAACAGCAGACAGAUAUGGGAAAGAACAAGUCCAUGAGUGGCGUCGAAGCUAUGACAUACCACCUCCCAAUGGUGAAAGUUUGGAAAUGUGUGCAGAAAGAGCAGUUGCCUAUUUCAGAGACCAGAUUGAACCCCAACUUUUAACUGGAAAGAAUGUUAUGAUUGCAGCACAUGGGAAUUCAUUGAGAUCCAUUAUCAUGUAUCUCGACAAAUUAACUUCCCAGGAGGUCAUUAGUUUAGAACUGUCGACCGGAAUUCCAAUGCUUUAUAUUUUCAAAGAGGGAAGAUUCAUUAGGAGGGGGAGCCCCAUAGGACCAACUGAAGCUGGAGUUUAUGCCUAUACCAAGCGUUUGGCUCUUUACAAGCAGAAGUUGGAUGAGAUGUUCUAAUAAUAAUAAUAAUAAUAAUAAUAAUAUUGUUUAGGAAAUACAUUCACUAUUAAUCAGAAGCUUCACACAUGAAUUCCUUGAGGGGGAGGUUUCUCAUUGUUACUGCUAGAUACCUGGAAUAUUAUUAGCUCACAUCCUAAAGCUAGGUUGUUUUAGUAUAGUUUUGAACAUGUGUGUAUUACUAUUGGUAGACCGGUUUCCAAUUUUAGGUACAUUUAUGUUCAGUUGAGUACAUCAUUAUAGUUGUAAAAAGAGUUUUAAUUUGGAAAUACUGUAAUACUUAUUGAAGUAUUUUCAACAAUAAACAAGCAUUGCUCCAUAUGAUGGGGACGGAAA